CUCACCUCACCAGCAACCUCAGACAGAGGCUGGAAACUUAGGCGCAAAGGAAGGAAGCAGAGCAAGUCUUCACCUCCUCGUCGUCUUACGAGAGAAAGAAGACUCCGGUUCUUCGUUCCAACAGCAAAUGGAGAAGGCAGGAAAUGAGCAUGUGAUCGGCAUCCCAGUGAGCAGUACUGCUAUCGGCAUCGAGGAGCCCGAGUUCACGAGUGAUGGAGCUACCUAUGUCGACGGCGAUGCCAAGUAUUCGACGAGCGCGUAUACCGGCGGCAAAUCGGGCCGCAGGACCGGGGACAAGUUUGCUCGGGGCCUCAAAGAACAUGUGACUCUCGGCCCUAAGCUGUACGAGACCGUGAGGGGCAAGCUGUCGCUGGGCGCGAGAAUCCUCCAGGCCGGCCGCGUGGAGAACGUCUUCCGGCGGUGGUUCUCCGUGGAGAAGAAAGAAAAGCUCCUCAACGCCUCGCAGUGCUACUGCCACCUGUCCACCACCGCCGGCCCGAUCGCCGGCAUGCUCUUCGUAUCGUCGGAGAGGGUGGCCUUCCGCAGCGACCGGUCGCUGGCGCUGACGUCGCCCAAGGGCGACACGGUGCGGGUGCUGUACAAGGCGGACGUCCGGCUGAGGAGGGUGAAGGCGGCCAUACCGAGCAAGAACCAGCACCGGCCGGAGCAGAAGUACAUCCAGUUGGUGACCGACGACGGCUUCGAGUUCUGGUUCAUGGGCUUCGUCAGCUACCAGGCAUCCCUGCAGCACCUCGAGCAGGCCGUCAGCGCGGCGGGGAGUGGGAUGAAGGUGUAGUCGUCGCGGGGCACGGGCACCGGGAGCGGGAGGCACUUGCGGCGUACCACGGCGUGAAAGCGACGCGAGCGCACGGCGAUGCCGAUCACUGUCUGACUACACGAGCAGCAUGCGCGAUUGGGAGACCUCGUCGGGCUCGGCGACUAGGCGCUGCGGAACAUCGCCGCCGGGAGCUCAGCAUGGUGUGAGGACCGGCGCUCGCCCGAGCCGACGCCGCACGAGGCCGAGGUUGUCGAGCUGGUGGCCUACGCGACCUCCCUAUACGUGAGGAUGGAGGGGAACGACGAACCGCGCGAGCAUUACCGUGAGGACGCCCCGAGCAGGGGCACGAACCUUGCAGCGGGGGCCCUCUAAUGGCGUAUCAAUGGGCGUCAUCGAUUGCUAGGUGCUGGAAGCCUGCAACCGAUGUCGAUGGGCCUUGGAGUGCACCACUAGUAAGCUGCUGCGGAGGCGCGGAUGAGAGUGAUGAUAAUGCUCAAGGAAAUGGCACGGUGUGUUUGGUUCGGAAAAUAACUGAAAUGGAAUGACACACUAAGAUCUAUAGACGGAUUUGACAAA